CUGUCAUAGAAUUUCCGUCAUGUCCGUGGACCCUCACUAUAAAUUAAAAAAUUCACGCGAAUAAUAUGCUACAACAAAUUUGUAGCAGGAGGCGCUGUAAACAUUACACCUAAGAACAUGUCUAACGUAUCGGUGAAGCGAUUCCAAAAUCCAUUCUUCGCAUAAAAAGUUUCAAAUGGCAAAAACGAAAAAGAUAAUUAGUCGACAAUUGGAAAAAAUGAGGGAGGCUAAGAAAAUGAGUAUGAGACGAGCUAGAGAAAAAAUAAGAAAUGAUCCGGUCCAUCACGCUGAGGAAAAAGUAAAAGAUAGAUAUCGUAAAAGAAACAGCCGGCGAAAUAUUCAAGACUUGAGUGAGAGAGAGCAAAAGUUCGAAAAGAUUGGAAGGAACGCUCCAGACGCUAUAGACAACGGAAAAAAGCUGAAGAAAAGCUCAAGAGGAUGAAACCAUUUUCCUCCAAUCAAAUACACCACCGGAUAGC